CCAUAACAUUUACUGCGCUCGGCUUUAAUUUGUACGCAUUUUUAAUUUAUAUAGGCUCAUGUACAGUGUACAGGCAUCCAUUUUCUGGACCGCCUAUGCUCACAAGGGUCGCGAGGUUGCUGGAGGCAACCCCGGCUGUCAUUUGGGCAGCAGGCGGGGUACACCCUGAACUGGUUGCCGCCCAAUCGCAGGCCACAUUGAGACAGACAACAGUCAGACUCACAAAUCACACCUCGGGGCAAUUUAGAGCGUUCAUUUAAUGUUGCGUGUUUUUGGGAUGUCGGAGCAAACCGGAGUCACGAAUGUCAGGAUACGCUUCCCUCUUGUUGUAAUCAUGUGAUAAAAAAGCCUCUUCUGACAACGUAACCGGUGUAUCGAGAUACUAUCGCAAAAGAGGAACCGGCCUGUAUACUCGGUGUACAAAUUUGGCAAAUGCAACACAGACUUAUGUUGCAUUUUUCAUUUUGAGGUCACAAAACAGCUCGUUUAUCAUCCCACAAGUGGUCGUCGUGCAUAUGGCAAUGAUUUACUUUGGCCUUUUGAUUGCAGAUACUUGAUACUUGAAAUUUGUUUCAUGUCAUAAGCAAUUUUAUUUGCUUCUCUUGCUUCAAAAUGUUAGAACUGUGGAAGUCUUGAGCAAGUCAACAACGCUGUGCUAAUCAUCUGGAGCGCGCCACAUACAAUAAGCACGCCAGCCACCAACUGACAGCGGCACUAAUGUGGCAAGAGGAGCUCGAAGCCCCCGAGCAAAGUACGAAGUCCCCACCAGUACAAAUCCCGCUUUCCGGUCUGCUCGGAUCACUACGCUCACGACGGCGCGAUGCGACACGACAGCUGGCGGCUCUCGUUUUGACUUUUACGUCGCAGACUGCUUUCGACUUCCGGUUUGGAAUUUUUGGGUGGGGACACUUUUAACACCGCAGCAUGUAUGCGACGACUCUUUUGCUCUCGCUCGCACUGUUUGCCGUCGGGGGACAUGGUGAAGAAAAGCAAAGUCGCGGCCACGUUUCCGUGGUGGUCGUCGGGGGCACGGGGGACUUGGCCAAGAAGUACCUCUGGCAGGGCUUCUUCCAGCUCUACUCGAAGCAGGUCAGCAGCGGGCACACCUUCUCCUUCUACGCCAGUGGACAGUCGCACCCCGACAAGGCCACGCCGAUAUUCUUCGGUAUCCUGAAGGCGGUGUCGUGCCCCGAGGACGUCUCUGAAGAACGCUGCGCCGUGCUUAAGGAGCAGUUCUUGCGCCUGUCGCAAUAUCGGCAACUCAAGACUCUUGACGAUUAUCAGAAUCUGGCCCAGCACAUCGAGCGGCAAGUUCAGGACGAAGGGCUAACCGAGGCCGGACGACUGUUCUACCUCUGUGUGCCGGCAUUUGCCUAUGCAGAUAUCGCCGACAAAAUCAAUAACAGCUGCAGGCCUGCCGGCGAGGCGGCGUGGCUCCGAGUGGUUCUGGAGAAACCUUUUGGGCACGACCUGAGGAGCGCUCAGGUGCUCGCCGCGCAGCUCGGGAAGGCCUUUUGUGACAAAGAAAUGUACAGAAUCGACCACUACCUGGGGAAGCAGGUGGUCUCCAAGAUCCUUCCGUUUCGAGUAGAAAACAAGAAGUUCCUGGAUCCCAUCUGGAACAAGCACCACAUUGAGAGAAUAGAGAUCGUACUGAAGGAGACACUGGAUGUACAAGGUCGCAUUCCCUUCUACGACGAGUACGGCGUGAUCCGAGAUGUAAUCCAGAACCACCUGACGGAGGUCAUGGCUCUCCUGACCAUGCGGCUUCCUGCCAAUCUCAGUGACAGUGAGGAGGUUCUCCAAAACAAGCUGCGGCUCUUAACUUCUUUUCUGCCCUUGGGCAAGAAUCAGGCGGUGGUCGGCCAGUACCAAGCGUACCAAGCCGAGGUUCAGCAGGAACUAAACAAAACCAAAGACCACGUCAGCAUCACGCCGACAUUUGCGGCCGUGCUGGCGCACAUGGACGCGGCCCAGUACAACGGCGUGCCCAUCCUUCUGAUCUCGGGGAAGAUGUUAGAUGAACGAGUGGGAUACGCCCGGGUUCUCUUCAAGAGCGACAUGUUCUGUCUUCAGGACGGCUUUCGCUGCAAGCCCAAGCAGAUCGUCUUCUACUUCGGCCACGGGAGCCUUCAGUACCCAGCCGUCCUCGUGUCAAAGAAUCUCUUCAAGCCUUCGGUGACCGAGGCCGAGUGGAAGGAAGUGAUGGAUCACGCGAAUGUGAACGUCCUGGGGUCUCCCCUGUCAGACUAUUAUGUCCAAACUCCAAGGGUGCAGCGGGAAGCUUACGGAGAACUCAUUUCACAUAUUUUUGCCGGACGCAAAAAUAGUUUUAUCAGUACGGAGAAUCUCCUUGCAUCUUGGGACCUGUGGACCCCGCUGCUUGAAAGUCUCGCCAUCACGUUUCCCCGUAUCUACCCGGGAGGGGCCGACAACGGCGACCUGCUGGACGUCCGUCUGAAAGGGAAGGAGAUCGCCUACGAAAGCGAGGUGGUACUCGUCGGCCCGGAACAGGCGGGAGGUGCCGCGGCCAGGAAUUUACUGGUCAUGCAAGGCAAGUACCGGAGCGCCGACAUGGUGUCCGCCUGGGCCGAGGAGCUGGUGGAGCGUUUGGCCGCCGACAUUCAGGAGGCGGCAGAGGCGGCCGUGCUCCACGGCGGCGUUUUCCACCUUGCCCUCUCCGGCGGGGCCACGCCCAUCGCGCUCUUCCACAGGUUGGCGCUGCAUCACUUCUCCUUCCCCUGGAGCAACACCCACAUCUGGAUGGCGGACGAGCGCUGCGUGCCGCUCGCUGACCCGCAGUCCAACUUCCACAGCGUCCAUCAGCACGUUCUGCAGCACGUGCGCAUUCCGUAUUAUAACAUCCACCCGAUGCCGGUGCAGCUCAAGCAGCGUCUGUGCGUGGAGGACGACGGCGCGACGCUGCUCUAUCAAGAAGACAUCGGCAGAUUAGUCAACGGCUCCAGGUUCCACUUCGUACUUCUAGGAGUCGGCCACGACGGACACACGGCCUCCCUCUUCCCCGGCGGAAAAACGACCGAAGGUGACGACGGUCUGGCGGUCCUCACCGAGAGCCCCGUCAAGCCGCACCGGCGCAUGAGCCUCACGUUUGGUGCUAUCAACCGAGCCCACAGGGUGGCGCUGCUGGUGAUGGGCAAGACCAAACAUGAGCUCGUCACUCAGCUGAGCCGCGUCAAGGGCGAGUCCGGCAAAUGGCCGGUGACGCGGGUGAAACCCACCAAUGGGACACUCUCCUGGUACAUAGACUACGACGCGCUUUUGGGUUAGGGAUCGCAAUCAGCCCUUUCCAUGAAAGUUAUUUAAGCCGACCUACUGUGAACCGCUCGCUAUUCGUGAAGGUUCGGGACCAAGACCAGCCGUGAAUAUUCAGCCUAUUUUGCAACAUAAGCGUCAACAAUCAUACAUUCAUUACACAAAUAAUAAUUAAAAGCCUUUAGUCGGACAGGGCCGCUAUCCAAUAAAUGCCGGAUGUUUACGCAUAUUUGGAAGAGGCUCGAGUGCCACCUGAAGAUAUUUGAUACUGCGCAUUAUUUUCAUUUUCCGCCGCCGUGACGCAUAUCCCAGUUGGGGAAACCCGAGAGAACAAAUGGGAAUUGUGUCACUUGGACCGUGCCCUGGAAAUUCACACUCGGCUCGUUUUCCCUCACUUGUGAUGCACGUGUGCGUCUGCGCGUGACGCUGAAGCUCCAGCGUUUCAAAUGGCAAACGUGCAACUCUCUGGAGUCGGUCAAAGGCCGUGCGUACACUUUCUGAACAGUGCCUUUAUUUAAUCGGUGUUUUUAGCCACUGCGGUAACGCCAGAGCUCAGGUAAACGUCUCGUGUUUCUACUUAAAGGACAGAAAAAUGAUUCCAGUAGAAGCACGUGGGUAAAUAAAAAUGGUGCUUUUUUUUUUGAGGGGGUGGGGGUAAAGACUUGAACCUGUAAUUGCAGUUCCUCUUUACAUUAAGUCAAAAGAAUGUUACUGAGCCUUGUUUUGAUCCAUUUGCUGGAAUGUGACCUUAAAAUGUGAAGCUGUCAAAUCGCAUGCAUUCAUAAUCUUCCUCCACCUGGUUUUCAAUUUUCAACAGCAUUUUUUUCUGCUUCUCAAUGAUGUCACCUGUAAUUAUGUUACAUUUUGUGCAACGUACUCUGGGAAACAAACGUCAAAGAUCCGCAGAGGAAACACUUGCUUUGUAUGAAGUGUAACAUUAAAA